UACGUUAAAGCCGAGAAAGAUAUCAGAGUUUGCAGCUCCUUCUUGUUGAAUUAAAGCUGCAGCUUCCCAUUGAAGCUCCCUAUGGCUACAUUGAUGAAAAUUAGUAGUAAAGUCCCCUGCAUUUUAGCCCCUUUCUCCUCAUCUGUUUCAACCCUCAAACAUCAUUUUUCAACUCUCUCCUCUUCUCAACUCCACUCUCAUUUUCUUACCAACCCACUAGCUAAAACCUUCAAUUCACUAAAACCCACUAAACCCUUUUUCUCAAAACUCUCUUUUUCCACCAAAUUAAACGCAUCUUCCUCUUCAUCAGAUUCCGAAAGAUCGGAUACAGACUCGGAAGAAAAUUCAAGAAAACCAGCCUUGUCGACAAGAGAAUUCGAUAAAUCGAAGCUCCCACCGCCUUAUGAUCCUUUUGACAAGAACCCCGUGAUUCGAGAACCCAAGGACCCCAAGAAUCUGCAGGAGAUUUUCCAUGAUAUACGUAAUGGGGAUGGGCUUUUUAACUUUGCAGUCAAGAUGUUUGAUGGAUUGUCUAAAGAUGGGUUGACCCACGAAGCGUUGGGACUUCUUUCGCAGAUUAAUGAGAAGGGGAGUAUGCCUGAUGUGGUGGCGCAUACUGCGGUUGUUGAUGCGUAUGUGAAUGCAGGUCAGGCAAAGGAGGGGUUGAAUACAUAUCUGCGGAUGGUUAAUAGUGGAAUUAGGCCGAAUGCGUAUACUUAUUCGGUGUUGAUCAAAGGGUUGGCGUUGAGUGGUGAUAAGAAGUUGUUCAAGGAAGUGAAGAAGAUUGUGGUGGAGAUGAUGGGGAAGGGAAUGAAGGUGAAUACAGGGACUUGUGUAGCAGUUUUUGAGGCGUUUGUGAAGAUGGGGAAUGUGGAAGAGGGGAAGGAGUUUUUUGAUGUGAUGAAGGGGAAGGGAUUUGUGUUGGAUGAAAAAGAAGCGAGAGAGGCUUUGAAGGGGAAAAGAGGGCCUGAGUUUCGGGGUGUCAUGGACAUUUUGUUCGGCAAAUGAAGACUAAAGAAAUUCUAAUUUGUUUGGUUGAAGUUUACUAGUUUAGGAUUCAUUGACAGUGCUUUCGAGAUCAAGAACAAAAGUAUGUGAUUUCACAAUGUGGUCGAGAUUUGGAGUUUUGUGCAUUUCGUUAAAACAUGACUGAUGAUAUAUUAUGUCUUAAAGUUGAAAAGUGAGUUUCUUUUCUCACUAUUUAUUCGUGAAAUUGUGAAGCAUACUAUGCUUUAGAGUUCUUGUUUAAUAUGAUGUUUUUUUAGUUAGCA